ACCCUCGAUUUAUCAGUUCUCUUCAAAUUCCGACCCGACGUGACCCACGAACACAAGCAGACCUUCGUCGCCGAACUGAAGAAGCUAAAAUCCCUCCCCUGCGUCAAAGAUGGACGUUUAAUCGUCGGGGGCCCGUCAGUCACUGAUCCUAUUGAACGGAGUAAAGGCUUCGAGAUUGCCUUGGUCAGCUAUCACGAAGGCAGGGAGGCGUUGGCAGAAUAUCAAACGAGCGACGAACAUCAUAGGGUCACGAGCACUUACAUGUUUCCGUACAAAGAGGAUUUGAUGCGCUUUGAUUUCGAGGUUGAUCAGGAAGACGAGCACAUGUGCUCUUUUCCCGUUUUGAACUCGGCGUAA